UCCCCUAGCAAAGCGUCAGUAUAUAUACUGUGGGCACCCUUAGCAGGCAGGAGGGGCAGGCAGCUCAGCUUCACCAGGAGCCUCCUUGGGAAGCAACAGCCAAAGCAGGAUGAAGCUUUUCCUGGGCAUCCUCUUGUGCUCCCUGGUCCUGGGCGUCAGCAGCCAAAGCUGGUUAACCUUCCUCAGGGAAGCUGGUCAAGGGGCUAGAGACAUGUUGAGAGCUUACUCUGACAUGAGAGAAGCCAAUUACAAAAAUUCAGACAAAUAUUUCCAUGCCCGGGGAAACUAUGAUGCUGCACAAAGGGGCCCUGGGGGUGUCUGGGCUGCUAAAGUGAUCAGAUGCCAAACUGUGCUCUACACUGUAUGGACCUUAUCUGAUGUAAGCCACAGAGUCUUUGCAGUUCUCAGCUGGAGAGGGACACGAUUAGGACCAUGUCCGGGGUGGCACACGGAAUGGGAGCAGAGCCAGGACCGCAGGCUGAUGGUCUGCCUCCAGGACCUGGGGUGUGCUCUACAAGGCCAAGAGCUUCAGCAGGGGGCCUCUCUCUCCUUCCCGAACCUCCGGCGCUAGGGGCAAACGGCCAGGAGAGCACUUACAAUCAAUCGGGAGGUGCCCGCCGUGCUUAAGGACAGGCACCACGUCCUGCACAUCCCUGGAGGCGCUCCGCCUCGCACGGUCCAGGCACUCAUCAACGACUUCCCCGGGAAAUGACCACAUCCGACACCCGGACUCAGCCCGCCUCACUCAACUCUCGCACCUUUUCCUCUUCCUCCUACCAGUCUGACUUGUUGAAAGAGCCACCCAUCUACACGAUUCCUCCCUUCUGACUCACACCUGAAUCCGCUCCAGCCUGGCCCGUCCCCAGCACUCCAGCAAUGCAACUCUUGUCCACCGAGGACCUCCGUGUUGCCCCAAGCAAGUGACAUAUCCCUCCUUGUCCCAGUAGGCCUCUGAGCGACGUUCAGCACACCUGCCUUCCCCCGCUUUCUUGAAAGAUGCUCUCAAUUGCCUUCAUGAUAUCACGUGCUCCUUCAUUAUAUCACACCUCCAUGGCUCUCCAGCCAGUCUUCCCUCAGUCCCACCAACAAGUCAAGCUCCAAUUUGCCACAGUGUGUUUGCCUAGAACACUGGAUCCAUCUGCUCUUCACAUGGCUGCUUCCUUCUCAUCCUGUGUGUCUCACGUGAAAUCGCUCUUCAGAGAGGCCUUCUCUGGCUGCUCGGAGUUGCCUACCGUGCCUAUUCUUUCCUUCCUAUUACUAAUAUGCAGGAUGUUCUUUUUCACUUCUUGGUUUCCAUUUUUCUGUUACUGUUUUGUUUUUGUUUUCUUGGUCCCCAUCUUCCAUCCUAGGCUGUAACAAUUUCUGCCUUAUUUAGCUUUAAAUAUCUGGCACUAAGCCAAGUAUCUGGUACAUAAUAGAACCUCAAGACUUAAAUGAACGAAUGGUUGAAUAAUUUAUUUUUUAACUAAUUAGUCAAAAGCAGGGGAUGAGGUCAAGGUCACAGAUGAUGGGUUAACCUGAAAAGGAGGAAGGAGUUGCUCCUGAGAAAGGAAGGUAAAGAGAAUGCAGUCAGGAGGUGCAGAACAUUUGAGAGGGAGGACGAGGAACCUGAGGGAGUUCACGUGUACCUGCUAUCGUACAUUAUUGUCCCCAGGACCCAUCACGAAGGGCAAAAAGCAGGUCUACUUUGUUGUAUGUCAUCCUCGUUAUGCGGAGUACCUACCACAGCUCCUGGCACAUAGUAGAUGCUCAGUAAACACUGAGUGAAUGAAUGAAACAGGAAGAAAAGUAGUCUGCAGAGGAUGACGGGCCUGGGAGCAGCGUUCGGGACUUGUGGAGGAUAUUUGAUAUUUGAUACAGGUUUUGGUCUGCAGAAUGUGGUAAUGUUUCUCUUAAAGAUGAAUAUCCAAAUCUAUAGCAAAAUCUCUAAAAAGUACCAUCUAAACUGACAUAAUCUCACUUUAUCAUAGAAAAAAUAAUUUUCUCUGGCAAUACUUUGCAAGCUUUCUCAUUAGAAAUAAAAAUUAUGACUCCCAGUGAUGACUUAUGUCAACUUGGCUAGGCUGAACUAAGCCCUCACAGCUCCCUCUGUGAGGCUGGUUGGAUGGGUCUGGCUCUCACAUUAGUGGAUCAGUAGGGCUAAUAGUGAGAGAAGGCACUAACACUUCCUUGCCUUCAUGCCUGGACUCAUGAAUUGUGGCUACGGGAGAAACAGUACCAUAUAUUGGACACCGAUUUAAAGCACAUAUCAUAUGGGGAGGGAGGCACUGCCUUAUCCCUGCAAGGUGUUGCUAUCUAGCUAGUACUGUAGCUGAGUCUUCAAAAGGUUACUCUAGCAGUCUAUCCAGCCAGCUACUUCAAGAUAAUAGGGAACAUGGCUAAACCAGUGAAUUCCAUGAGGAUAGCCCCACUGCCACGUUUCAUUUGUUGCAAAAUUAGUUCCUUAGUCAGGAGUAAUACUGUGUAAAAGAAAUACCAUGAUGGUGGAUAAGGCAUUCUGUAAGUCCAGACUUCGGCAGAAGCAUUGCAUGCUGGGGAGACAAAUCUGUUUUCAUUGUGUCUGUUCCAUUACGGAAAAGCAUUGUCCCUUCCAUGAUGGAAGUAGCAGCAUUAUUCAAAAUAUCCAAGAAGUGGAAGCAACUCAAGUAUU